AUGAAUGGCCCCGGGCUUGCAGGCCCGACUGUGGAGCUUGUUCCGAUGUGUGGCAACGGCGUGUCCCCGACGCUCGUGGCAGUUCGAGUUCGGACCCGGAAUCACAUGGGAAUCUCGUCUCGCACGCUCCUAUGCUGCAACUACGGGAUGGAUUAUGACUUCGGCGAGCAGCAGCAAACGGAUGAAGAGUUUGAGGCAGCCAAACGCUUCAAGGGGCGACUGGAUCAGCUCUUCCAGAACCAGCGUGAGGGUGCCAAGAAAGAGGACGACAAGAGGCCAGACGAGGCGGAGCCCACGAAGGAGCCGGGUUCGGAGCCUGGACCCUCUCCGCGCCAGGGCCUGGCCAUGAUCUCUUUGACAUCCUUGGACACCUGCGAAUUUGGCAUUCUUAAGGGUGAGAACGGCGUUAAGCUGGUGUUGAAGGCGCUGGAGGACGUGAAGACCAACAAGAAAGUGACGCCCAACACCGUGCUCCUCUUUGUCGGGAAUGGCAAGAUCAAGAAGCCUGAGGAUGGCGAGAGCGGCCAAAUGCAGUACAUGUUCCCCAAAACAGACAAGUGCAUGGUGCACUUUGCCACGAAGGUCACCGCGAAGAAGGACAAGCCGGGCGAGUUUCAGGCAGACCUCGAGAAAGCCGAGACAUUGUCUGGACUCAUCGCCCGUAAAAAGAUCAAAGAGGUGAUGAACCUUGCGAGCUUCCCGCCGGGCGCGUCUCCCACGUCCUUGUGCAAGAAGGACACGGUCUUUGAUCCCGUGGAUGAGAAUGCCAGGUUGGUGGUGACCCUUGACUGA